AUGUUGUCCAAGGCUAUUGCCGUCCUGGCGGCGGCGACGUUGACGUCGGCCGCUACGCCCAUGGGCUUUAUGCCCCAAUCAAACACUCCCCUAAUUGUUUCUUACGGAGGCAUCUCGGCACUGGAUGGCGUGAACCUGCCUAGGGAUUCUAGUCAGACGCAACCCACAAUUGCGACCGAGCAGCAGCUCAAGGGCCAGUAUGCAGUGAUAAUGGUGGAUAUCGACGUCCCGACCAACCAGCCUCCCAAGACCGGAACUCUUCUCCACUGGAUGCAGACCGGCCUCAUGUCUGCCGAUACCCCGACGACGCUCAACACGACCGCCGGGCCCAAGAAGGUGUUCCUCAUGCAGAACAAGAUGAAUGCGGCCGCUCUGGCGCCGUAUAUUGGCCCCAACCCGCCCGCGAGAGAGCCCCUCAGCCAUCGAUACACCUUUGUCGCUGUCGACCACACGAUGAUUACGCAGCAAGGCCUGAUGGCCCUCUCCGGCGCGGCCCAGAGCCGUCGCGACUUCAACGUCAUGAACGGCCUCAUGGCGGCCGGUCUUUCGGACAAGGUCGUCGCUGGCAACUUCUUCCGCGUUACGAACGCCGGACCCGUCGGCGCUGGCCAAGGAACUGGUGGAGGAGGAGGCGGCCGCGGUAACAGCACCGGUGGCGGAGGUGGUACCAUGCAGCCUAAGCCGAUGCCGAUGCCGAUGCCGAUGCCUGCGCCUCCUGCUGGAACCCCGACUACCCCCGGUGGCGGUGGAAUGCCUGGUAUGCCCAACAUGCCCGGCAUGAGCAUGGCUCCCGGUAUGACGAUGCCCAUGCCCGGUAUGCCCGGUGCCAGCGCGCCCCCCGUUGGUGGUGCUCAGCCGUCAAACCCUGCUCGCGCCAGUGGUCCCAGUCUCGCUCCCGGUCUUGGUCUCAUGACCAUGGGUCUCUGCCUCAUCGGUUCUCUGUUCAUCUUCAUGUAA